UUUUUUCAGAUGGCGAUCUAAUCGUCGCUAAAAGGCUCUAAAUUUGUUUUUGGCGCGAUGAAAAGUCGCAAGUUUGUUGUUUCUUGUCAAUCAGUUUUAUAUUUCUAUACAAAAAAAAUUAUUUAUGAGCAAUUUACAAUGCAAGUUGUUUAAUUUGUAUUACUAGUGGGUGGUAAUUUAAAAUAUGGAUAGAGAUGAAGAAGAGAAUACGUUAGGAACAAUGUAUGGACGAAGUUUGAUGAAUUGGUCUAAUACAACGAAAAUAAAACCCAGACAAUAUUUUAAUCUAAAACAGACAGUAUUAGGUGAUGCGAGUGAAUAUGACGAUGGCUUUGACGAAUUGCUCAAACAAACUUGGAAUAUGUGGGCAGUAUCGACUUUAUUUGGCUUCCAGUAUGACAGCGAAGUACAAUUAAAAUUAUACGCCAAAAAGUUAAGAGAGGAAGCAGCAUGUUCGCUGUUGAAAGAGGAUGUUACAUAUAGUGCAAAGUUCACUUUAAUGGAUAAUUUAGGCCCAAGGCCCAAUCCCACAGAUGCCCCUGCUGUUAAAAUAGAAUUAAUUGCUACUUCAGGAGCAGUAGAAAGAUGCAUUUAUAAGGGGUUUUUAAUUUCUUGGCGAACAGAGUUGGCCGAACCAAUCACCGAUAAGUCUGUUCAUUUGCCACUUUUACUGUGUCGAGGCACUCAAAACGCCAUGAAGACUGUACAUUCCAUUGUAUCUCGCAUGUUUGAUUGUACUAUUGUUGCACUUCCAAUUACUGACAACGACCUGAAGUGGCUCUUGCCAAUAAACCUGUCUCCCGAAAGUAACAAUAGCAGAAAAGUAAAAAAUGAGCUGAUUCUUCUCGAAUAUGUGGUUCCAAGGUUACCACUUACAGACACUAUUAGCGUCAAAUUUCGCGUAGAGGACCUAAAAGAGUUGUGGACAGCUUUGAUCACACCUGAUGUCGGAGAGGAAGAUGGGCUGAUUAUUCAGGCGGAACAUAUAGAAAAAAUUUUUAAAGCCAUCAACAAUCAAAUGCUGCAAGUCGGUAGUUUGAGGUUAGAACAUUGUUUACUCCACAAAGUCAGCUUGCCAUUUUUCACCAUAAGUGGAAAUCGGAUAAAAGCAAUGAACAGCCAAGCCCUCAAUAAUUCGAUGUUAUUCCUGAACGAAAAAGCCAUGGAUGUUCUCUACACAUUGCACUUUGAAUCUAUGCAACUAGACAGUAGCACAGCUUAAGUAUCCAAUGUAAAUAUCAUUAGUGAGUUGAGGAAAUUUUCUAUAAAUCAACGAGAAUAAUUAUCAAGUAUUUUUAUACUAUAUAUAAAAACGAAUUGCGUAUUUUCCAUGAAAAUUAAAUUGCAAGCAUUAGAUUGAA